ACAUCAACACACAGACACAUCAACACACAAACACAUCAACACACAACCACACACCCCUCACCCUCCCCCAUAAAAUAUCCCAAUUACUUAAAUACUUCAAGUAACUUUACUUUAUUAAAACACGUCACGCGAGUCUAAGUCCAAUCGUGUUUUCUGAUUAUUUUUAAUUUAUAAGUCAAAUGGCUGUGCGCCUCGAGGCGCACAGCCAUUUAUAUGACAUGCUACGUAACGAUGUUGUCGUGGAUUGUAACGCGUUCACCAUUGUUGUUGUUUUUGUUGUGGUUCUCGUGACGGGCGCGGCUCUCGCGAGAUCUCGGUAACCCAGAAGGGGCGGGGUCUAAGAGACGGCAGGGCGGAAGCACGCAUCAGACGGAGGAGGGAGACGGAGAAGUUGGCUGUGACAUUCAGUGGCGCGGAACACGAAUCACAGCUCAGCAGUGCCGUGGAGUCGAAGACGGCGACAACAGCUUUGGCGAACGAAGCCGACAUCCUCUCGCUCUGCGUGGCCAUGGCGAACAUGACUUUCCAAGGUGCGCGCCACUAUCGCACAACACAGCAGCAAUAACACACAACACAAACCUAUAACAUACAAAACACACAUCAGCAUUAAUGUACAACAUACAGCACUGUCGCACAUUUAUUAUAAUGUAAGUUCACAAAUUAAUAUUCUCCUCCACUGACUCAGAUUUUAGUCCCCCCACCACCGUGUCCACAGAGCAUGAAGUGUGCAUGGAGACCCAGGCUACAGCCAGGAGUCCUCAUAGAGGCCCCAGACCCCACAUGUUUGAGGAGUUGUCUGGGUUCCCCGCACGUGGUGGUGGAAAGAGAGGCGAAUAUGCACACCAUAUGGGCACCUGGAAAACAAGGAAUGGUGCAGGAUGGACACGAGGUGAUGGCGGAGGCUCUUGUAGUAGCGGAGGACGAGAUGCUAGAGAUGGCCGAAUCCCCCGCUCCCAUCGUAUGAGUGGACGUGGAAAUGUGAACAAGGGGGAUAGGUCGGGUUCCUGCCAGCGCCGGUAAGUUUAACUGAGCGAACACUGUGCAUGUGUGUGCAGAGGGGACGCGGUGAUUAGGCCACUGCACUAUGUACCUGGGGACCUUAGUUUGAUUUCCAGCGAUGGCUACAUCAGUGGAGAUUGAUAUAUGAACCGGUCCCCGGGCCUGCCCAAAGUCGAUUCGUACCUGCUGCAUUGUGAAAACUUUAGCAGCAAUGGGGCAGUGAAGGCGGCCGGGUGCGGCUGACCAAACCACCCACCCCUUUACAUGCCAUUUAGGCCUGAAUAGGCGCUCACUGACAUCACUUGCUCUUACAACCUAGGUAGGCUACAAGAGGGUUAUUUACUCUAUAUGAUCCAGAAGGCCACCACAAUACUGUUUUCCCAUAGCGGUGAAUGAGGCUCUCACCUCAAUCCUCGGAGCCCUCAUCUGAUUCUCCAUGGUGCGCACGCCCUGGUUUUCAUACAGCAUCUAGAGAUGUGUUCGAUUUAGACACUAUAUACAUCCAUCAGUGUUUAGCUAUUGCGUUCUUUUUAGAGUCGGGGCAUAAUUUCAGCUGGGUCUGUCUGGGUCAGUAACAUUUUGACUAAUAACCACAACCCGGCGCACCACAUCCAGUAUACAUCUUGCUCUGCCUGUGGCUAUUAGUCACGUUCCUAUUAUAGUCGACUAGCGACCUAGAAUAUAAUGCAAACCUCGAGUGGAGCCUGGACACUGCCUCUGUCUGGGCAAAGCGCAGGUUUUUCUCAUGUGCCUAAUUCUUGCCCUCAUCGCUGAUGUUCUGUGCUGUUGUGUUUUGUUUGUGGUGCACCUGCGUUGCCACCACCAGCGGGCCCUAUACGAUGUCCAUCUGCAAGGCGCAGCGGCAGCAGCUGCUGGUGGCCAAGCGGCGCAUCUUCAAAGCCGAUUCUGCGGUGCCAAGCCAAUUGUGCUGGUUCGAGAUCUCGAAAUGUUUGAGCCAAAAAUAUGACCCUACCAACAAAGCUCUGGACUUGAAGGCGGUUAGAAUUAAUGAAGAGCUGGAGGCACGUGGUGUCGACCUGGUUUUGAACCGGAAGGACCACAUGGAUGGUCUGAACAAGAUCAUCCGAGAGAAUAUUCCAAUGAUCACAUCCCUGAAUCUAACGUGCAAUGACCUGCACCGGUUGGAUGACCUGGCAAAACUUGCCCAGCACACUCCAUCUCUCAAGAAGCUGAACCUCUCCACAAACAAUGUGGGUGUGAGCGCCGUUCAAUAAAUCGCGACGCGACGCUCGCAUGCCUGGUGCACCUCUGGUGCGAGCGUCGCGUUGGUUCAGAUUCCUCGCCACAGCGAGUCGACCGUUCGUUACGCGAUUCAAUCCAAGUAUCGAUAUACCUACUAUUAUAUCUUAUAUCGUCUCCUUUUGUUUUGGUACUUGUUCAUUUCCGAUUCGCUUGAUAUUAUUUUAAGCAUGUAUUGGGUAUCAGAUAUGCCUUUAAUUAGUGGAAACACGUAAUUAAUUAUUUAAAUGCAAUGAAUACACAAAUGUGAAACGUACUAUUGCAGUUUAGUACAUCAACAUGUAUCACCUAUGGGUGGUACCUGUUGAUGUACUUUGUACAGUAGGCCUGCAACUCCGCAUCAAUACGUCAAUUAACUUCAGUCAUUGCACUCAAAACACAUGCACCAAAUGGUGUGUAGGAACCAGUUCUUUAUUAUUCAUGCAAAUUAUAUGCACGUUAAAUUAGGCUAAUGACACAUAAGAGACAGACAAGGCAGACAACUAAUUAUAUGGACAAAACAUAUUGGGCUGCAUGAACAAGAUAGGCAACAAGACAGUGCAGACAAGAGAGUACAGUGAGACAUACGAUGAGACGGUCAGUACAAAUGGGACACAGUACAUACUGGACAGGACAGACCACACAAACAAAAUACAAUUAAUACAAACAAAAGACGAAACAUAGCAUGGACUCUUGAAUUUGACCAUUAUGCUGAAAGGGCUAAUUAAUCAAUUAAGUUGAGAGCUGAUACAUUCACUUAGAAUAUGUGAUUGCAGUAUUUGGCCUCCUUUGUUAACCCUUUUCAACGAAUAUUGAAGGAAUUUCUGCAUUGACUCUGCCCAUUCGUAAUGGAGGGGAAUGUAACGUUCAUAAAAUGUGAUCCAAUAUAAACGAAAUGUUUGUAUAAUGUGGUGUUACUAUCAAGGACACACCCAACUGAAUACCGCACACCAUUGAUGAAAGGGUUAACCAAAAGAGAUGCAAACUAUAGCACAAGGGACUGUUUACAAAUAUGCAUACACAUUUUGCCGUGACAGCUGCGUGUCAGCUUUUGCACGCUAAGGCAAAUGCAUUCUGCAAAGCGUUACAAUCCAUGCAUGGGCAUGGAUUGUAAUGCAUAACUUGUGGUAAGUUGCCCAGAAGCAUGGCCCUUAUGCCCCUAAUUGUAUGGAAAUAUCUCCCCUGCCAUGCAGCUCAAAGAUGUGAGGGAACUUUACCCACUGAAGGCCUUCAAUUUGAAAGAGCUAUGGCUGAAGGGGAAUCCACUGUGCGACUCCUUCCACGACCCAAAUGCCUACAUCAGGUACCGCUCCUUUGUCAUGAACGCGACAUUGCCCGCUUACCCAUUCGCCUGUCCGUCCACGUAGCUGCCCACUCAGCCAGGCACUCACUCGUCCUCAUCCUUAUCCACCCACUCAUCUACAUGGUUUAUCUUUGUGGUUGCCUGUUCAACCGAUGGCUCGCCCGCACGCCUACUCCCCCACCCUCCAGCUUCACCCAUGCGCUCAACACCCCGCUCGCUCAUGCGUUCAU